AUGGCUACAUCACGAGAGGAAGUAGAGUUCAAAACUCUAGAUGGACUUACUUUGAGAGGAUUGUUGUUUCCUGCUAAGAAGCACAGUCCUGCCAUCAUCUUGGCUCCAGGAUUGAAUUGUCCAAAGGAGCUGCUACUUCCUGACAUAGCUGCAGACUUUCAGCGGGCAGGAAUCACUGCUCUCAUCUAUGACAGUCGAUGUGUUGGUCAAAGUGACGGCAUGCCUCGAAACGACACUGAUCCGUUCAAACAAACUGAGGAUCACAUGGACGCCUUGACUUAUCUUCGAAGUCUGGAUUCCGUUGAUGCCAGUAGUAUCGGAUACUGGGGCAUGUCCAGUUCUGGAACUACUGUAGCAUGUGCAGCAGCUCUUGACCCAAGAGCUAAAUUCAGCAUCAUUGUUUGCCCACGUAUCAGCUUCACACCACCUAAAAAGUUGGCAGGAAUUCUGGUGAAAUGCGUUCGAGACCGUGAAUCUCAGAUGAGAGGCAACGCUCCAGCAUCUGUGGUCCUGGCUUCAGCUAAAGGCGACUCUCUAGCAGACGAUCUGUCUGUGGCGGGGGCGGCUCAGGCAUCUGUAUGGAUGGCCAAUUUAGUGGAAAAGGGAUGGGGCCAUAUGAAUCGGAGCACGAUGCAGUCUUACUACAAGAAUGUGGUUUGGCAGCCAAGAGCUAUUUUGAAGAUGGUCCAGUCGCCACCGUUGAUGAUGCUUACUCCAGAGAAGGACGAGAUAGCGCCAACUGCAGACCAGCUGGCUUUUUACGAGGAGCUCACGGGACCUAAGCGACUGCAUGUUGCUCCGGGCAUGGGACAUCUGGACAUCUUGAGUAGUGAAGAAGCGCCGGCGUUGAUGAAGAUGCAAGUGGACUUCAUUCGGAGAGUUCUCGCUGGGACUCUAGACGAUGAAGAAGAUGAGGAGGAGUACUACUAG